UUCUCCCCCGCUGCGGCUUGUGUUCUCCUUUAACCCGCGCAGCCACACAAAGGGACUGGGGGGAACCAGCUUCCCAGCCCACCCCCCGGAGCCGGGGCAGGGAUGGAGGCGGUGCGUGCAGCUCCGGGGCUCUAGGGGCGCAUGAGCGCGGCGCGCACCGGGCUAGAGGGACGCAGACACCGGGGAUCUGCUCCUCUCGCCGCGGGAGGCAGCCCGCCGCCCGAGCACGGAGUCCCGGUGCCCGCCGGCCGGCAGGCAGCUCCGGGUCCCGCAGGACUGUUUCUGAAUCGCAGUCCUGCAAGAAGAAAAUCAUUUUGGUUUAAGUUGAACAUUUGUCUCUAGCAUUAAGACAACAGCUAUGCCAGUGCUAUCAGAAGAUUCAGGAUUGCAUGAGACUUUGGCCCUGUUGACAUCUCAACUAAGACCUGAUUCAAAUCACAAAGAAGAAAUGGGAUUCCUUAGAGAUGUCUUCAGUGAAAAAAGUCUAAGUUAUCUAAUGAAGAUUCAUGAAAAGCUCCGCCAUUAUGAAAGACAGAGUCCAACCCCUGUUUUACAUAGUGCAGCAGCUUUAGCCGAGGAUGUAAUUGAAGAGUUGCAGACUACACCAGUGAAUAAUGAAGAAAAAGAGCUGCUUCAGCUAUUGUCAACACCACACCUUAGGGCAAUGCUUGUAGUACAUGAUACUGUUGCCCAGAAGAACUUUGACCCGGUCCUUCCCCCUCUGCCAGACAAUAUUGAUGAUGAUUUUGAUGAAGAAUCAGUUAAAAUUGUUCGUCUAGUGAAGAAUAAAGAGCCUUUGGGUGCCACCAUCAGAAGGGAUGAGCAUACAGGAGCUGUGAUUGUAGCGAGAAUCAUGAGAGGCGGUGCAGCUGACCGCAGUGGUCUUGUCCGUGUUGGAGAUGAGCUAAAAGAAGUCAAUGGGAUUGCUGUGCUUCACAAACGACCAGAAGAAAUUAGUCAGAUUUUGGCUCAAUCUCAGGGAUCAAUAACAUUAAAAAUAAUUCCAGCCAUCAAAGAAGAAGAUCGUCUGAAGGACAGCAAGGUAUUUAUGAGGGCACUCUUCUGCUAUAAUCCAAAAGAGGACAAAGCCAUUCCCUGUCAGGAGGCAGGGUUGCCGUUUAAGAGGAGACACAUCUUAGAAGUUGUGAGCCAGGAUGAUCCAACAUGGUGGCAGGCAAAGCGUGUUGGUGAUACCAACCUCAGGGCAGGAUUGAUCCCUUCAAAACAGUUCCAAGAAAGGCGUUUGAAUUAUAGAAGAACUAUAGGCACUCUGCAAAACUCCAAAACUGUAAAGAAGCCAUUAUAUGAUCAGUCUUCUGAGAAAGAAGAUUGUGACUGUGAGGGAUAUUUCAAUGGACAAUAUAUAGCUGGUUUGCGGAGGAGCUUUAGGUUAAGCCGAAAGGAGAAACACAACAAUCAGAAUCAAGCAAAGCAAGCAGACAUAUCCGAAUUUCUAACAUAUGAAGAAGUCACUAAAUAUCAGCAGCAGCCGGGAGAAAAGCAGAGACUGGUAGUUUUGAUUGGUUCUUUGGGAGCCAGACUAAAUGAGCUCAAACAGAAAGUUGUGUCAGAGAAUCCACAGGAGUAUGGUGUUGCAGUUCCACAUACAACAAGGUCAAAGAAAAGUCAUGAAAAAGAGGGAGUGGAAUACAAUUUUGUCUCUAAGCAAUCAUUUGAGAUAGAUGUACAGCAUAACAAAUUUGUUGAACAUGGAGAAUACAAAGAGAAUCUGUAUGGAACAAGUCUCGAGGCAAUCCAAUCUGUUAUGGCCAAAAAUAAAGUUUGUUUGGUGGAUGUGGUACCCGAAGCGGUAAAGCACCUGAGAACACCAGAGUUUAAACCAUAUGUUAUAUUUGUGAAGCCUCUUGUUCCAGAAAAGAAAAAAAAUGCACCAACAUCUCCAACUUCAGAAGAAAUCUCAGCCCCACUUGAUGAAGAACAGCAGGACAUUAUUAAUUCAGCAGCAUUUAUUGAAGAGCAGUAUGGCCAUUUAAUUGACACUGUGCUGCUGAAAGAAGACCUCCAGAGUGCCUAUAAUCAGUUGAAAACUCUGCUAGAGAAGCUGAAGGAGGACUCAUUUUGGGUGCCAGUGAGUUGGGUUAGAUCAUAGCCUGCUCUCACAUGUCAAAAGGAAAGCCUAUAUAAAAUGUGUUGUAAAUAGAAGGAUUAAAAGAGGGAACAUGUCAGCUGCACUCCAAAACUGCCAGCUUGUCUAGAAAGUAAUAUGAAAAUGUCGUAUCAGUUAAACUAGACAGACCCAUCAGUCAGAAGCUGACAUGGGAUUCCUGAACCACAGUUUUUAGUAGUGUCAUUUAAAAUGUUGAGUGCUCACUGUAGAUUGAUUGGUAAAAAUUUAGUGAUUUUUAAGCUUUGUAAAUACUUUGUGAUGUAGAGUGAAACUUCACCUACUGUCUAAGGUUCCAUCCUGCCAAUGGCUAUGGAAACAAGUAUCUUAACUCAGACAAAUGGUCCCAGAGAGUGUAAGGGACAAAGCGGGCCUUGAAGAUUAAAUCUACAUGUCUGCGAGACUUUUUUCCAAAUACUUCAGGAAGUUUGGAUAUACAGAAUUUUGUAGUGUAUAGAUGAAAAUGCAGAUGUAUUAGGAUUUUGGAAAUCAAUGACAGUUCAUAAUUUGCUAAAUCUGCUAUUGAUAAAUAGUACAUUAUGUACCUAGGAGUUCCUGCUUUCCAUUUGCCUGCCACUUAUGAUCUUUCCUAUAUAUCAAAUCCUUUAGCAAUGGCUCCAAAUGUAAGCCCAUACUUAUUUUUGUCUCAAAAAUAUGAAGUUAUUGUUAAGCAAAAUCACUGGGACUUCCCACAGAAAAUAUUGUAACAGCAUUUCAUAUAAAGUCACAGCUUUUCUGUAAUGGAAUCCACUCACCAUUAUGUGCUCCUCAUGCCAGGCAUAGUGUUGCAGCUUUCAUACCAGGAUAGCAUCUCCCUCACUGGGUGAGGAGACCGUUUCUCUGUCAGGUAACUUGGCCCUCUGGCUGGGUCACAAUCUUUUAGUCCACCCUCCUGGGUCAUAGUUGUCCAAACUAGGCUUCAAAACUGUUUUUAAUAGAAUCAAACUUUCCACCCUCUCUGGUGCUCUUCUUCAACCAGUUUCUUCCCCAGUUACUCAGGUCCCUCCCAGGCCACUCUCUGCCUAGAGAGCUUUCCUCGCUCAGGGCUCUGCAGGAACCAUCUUGCUCCCUACCAUCCCUUUCCCCAGUUGGAUCCUUUCAGGGAUCAAACCUGGGUCCUUUUAUACAGGAAUCACCUCAUUCCUCUCAGGUGAAGCCCAUUCUGUACUCAGGACUGGAUCAGCCCCUGGCUCUCCAGCCCACACAGCACGCCACCCUGUUACAUUCCCUCUCCAAAAAACGAUAAGUAAAAUGUUUCUCUUGUCUAGAUUCAAAACAGUAUUCAAUCACAUUAUUCAUUCAGGGUCUAAUUGGCCCUAAUCUACUCCAAUCACCAGUGGCUCUGUGUGGUUACUAGACCCCACCCUAUUCAUGUGAUCUUGCCAUUAUGUAAAGAGGCCAUGCAUCCCAGGUUUUUUUAAUGAAGUCCUUGGAACUUCUUAUGGGACACAUGAAAUGUUCCAGUUUUUCAUUUCAUCUAUCAAAAUGUUCAGGUUUUUAAUCACUACAAAAUGUUUGUCCAAGAUCAGUUUCACUCUUAAUGUUUUGCACACUGUUUCAUUCUGAUCAAGAAGUGAGCAUGUGCUUUGUGACAAUCAUUGGGCAGGGUCAGUGCUUGUCUUAUGACCACGUUGCAAUACAAGUCUAAGACUGACUCAGUCUGGUCAGUGCAAAACCCCUGCUCUGGCCCCAGGAGGGGCUGGUGGUUCUUCUGCUCCCUCCUUGCUAUUGUCAUUGGAAGGAAGUGGUGGCACUCAGCUCUUCUGUGAUUUUCUGACCCAGGCAGCAUAGAGCUACAAAAAGCGAGUCAAUGCCAAGAAAUUCAGUUUUUUCCUGACCUUAAGAAGGUUACCACAAAAAACAUUUGGGUUUUGAUUUUGAAAAUAUGGUCGACUUACCCUUAUGGUAAAGGGGAGAGCACUGUGAUCAAAUAAGUCUUGGCAUAGGAGUUGAUUAAUUGAGCAAUUACUACAAGCGUAUGUUAUUGCAAGUAUCAAGUCUCUCACAUAAGUCGACAACCUAUGGUAAAACAAAUGAACCCCAGUAACAUUAUAGAGACUUCAAUGAAUUAUAGAGUGGAGGAGAAUUUCUAGUGCUGUGACUCUGAGGAGAUGGGUCAUUAUUAUAUUUGAAAAGAGUCAUAUCACCUGGAUGGAGCCAGGUAUGCCUUAUAUGACCAAAAGCAGGGCUUUC